UGAGCGCGGCCCGGCCCUCGGUGCCGCCCGGGGCGCCUCCCUCCUCCCCGCCUCGGCCCGGCCAUCGCAGCAGGCAUGGGCUGUUUCUGCGCCGUCCCGGAGGAGUUCUACUGCGAAGUUCUGCUCCUGGACGAGUCCAAGCUGACCCUCACCACGCAGCAGCAGGGCAUCAAGAAGUCAACGAAAGGGUCGGUUGUCCUGGGCUACGUAUUUCGUCACUUAAACCUAGUGGAGAUAGAUUACUUUGGGCUGCGCUACUGUGACCGAAGUCAUCAAACGUACUGGCUGGAUCCUGCAAAGACCCUUGCUGAACACAAGGAAUUAAUAAACAAUGGACCACCGUACACUCUGUAUUUUGGCAUUAAAUUCUAUGCAGAGGAUCCAUGUAAACUUAAGGAAGAAAUAACAAGGUAUCAGUUUUUCUUGCAGGUCAAGCAAGAUGUUUUACAGGGCCGCUUGCCUUGUCCAAUCAACACUGCAGCGCAGCUGGGAGCAUAUGUGAUUCAGUCUGAGCUGGGGGACUAUGACCCGUAUAAGCAUACUGCAGGUUAUGUUUCAGAGUACCGUUUUGUUCCAGACCAGAAGGAAGAACUGGAAGAUGCCAUAGAACGAAUACACAAAACUCUAAUGGGUCAAGUUCCUGCUGAGGCAGAAGCGAAUUACUUAGGGGUGGCCAAAUCCCUGGAAAUGUAUGGAGUUGAUCUCCAUCCUGUUUAUGGUGAAAACAAAUCUGAAUAUUUUUUAGGAUUAACACCUGUAGGAGUUGUUGUCUACAAAAAUAAAAAACAAGUCGGGAAAUAUUUCUGGCCCAGAAUUACAAAAGUUCACUUCAAGGAAACACAGUUUGAACUCAGAGUCGUGGGAAAAGAUUGCAAUGAAACGUCCUUCUUUUUUGAAGCGCGUAACAAGACUACAUGCAAGCAUCUCUGGAAAUGCUGUGUAGAACAUCACACGUUUUUCAGAAUGCCAGAAAAUGAAUCAAACUCUCUGUCAAGAAAAUUCAGCAAGUUUGGAUCCAUAGGUUAUAAACAUCGAUACAGUGGCAGGACAGCUUUGCAAAUGACCAGAGACCUUUCUAUUCAGCUUCCCCGGCCUGACCAGUGUGUUGAAAGAAGUCGCAGUAAGACUUAUCCGAAAAGAACACAACAAACUGGAUCUAACAGCAUAAAUCAGAUUAUAACAAAUGGGGAAAAUGAAGGAACUACAAAAAUCAUUGCACCUUCUCCAGUGAAAAGCUUUAAAAAGAUGAAAAAUGAAUACAGUCCAGAAACCCAAAGAAGUAAAACAAGUGCACCGUGGGAGGAAAAUGGCCCACAGAGUGGGCUGUAUAAUUCUCCCAGUGACCGCAAUAAAUCACCAAAGUUUCCUUAUUCUCGGCGACGGAACCCGUCAGGCGGCAGUGAGAAUGAAUCUGGGCAGCCAGUCCGGAGGAGGAAAGCCCAAAACAGUGGCGAAGAUUCAGAUUUAAAGCAAAGAAGAAGAUCUCGAUCUCGUUGUAACACCAGCAGUGGCAGUGAAUCAGAAAAUUCUAACAGAGAACAUCGGAAGAAGAGAAACAGGUUACGGCAAGAGAAUGACAUGGUUGACUCAGCUCCUCAGUGGGAAGCUGUGCUGCGGCGACAGAAGGAGAAAAACCAGGCAGAUCCGAACUACCGUCGAUCCAGGCACAGAUCUCGAUCGAGAAGCCCAGAUGUACAAGCUAAAGAACAACUGUGGAAACAUAUUCAGAAGGAACUUGUGGAUCCAUCUGGCCUGUCUGAGGAGCAAUUGAAAGAAAUCCCAUAUACUAAAAUAGAGACUCAAGGUGACCCAAUUCGCAUUAGACAUUCACAUUCCCCUCGAAGCUACCGUCAGUAUCGGCGCUCCCAGUGCUCUGAUGGCGAAAGAUCUGUUCUGUCAGAAGUGAAUGCAAAAACUGAUCUGGUGCCUCCACUGCCUGUGACACGUUCUUCAGACGCUAAAGGUCCCAGCAUCCAAUUGACUCAGCUGAAACGAAGCGGAUCUAAAGAGAGCCUAAUAAAAGAAAAAUCUCAUCUAUCCACUAACAACCUGGAUGGAAAACCCACCACUAAAACAAUAAAAACUGUACAGGUGUCACGCUUCAAGGUAGAGACUUGAUUGUUGUAACUGAGGAUGGUGAAUGGAUUUUAUUCUUUGGAAACCAAGGAGUGUUUUUGUGCAAGGAAAGAAGCUGAAGUUGGAGUGAUAGCAGUUUCCUCAGAACUUUCAGAAAUGCAGCCUGCUUGCUGGGAAGGCCAAGCAAUGCAUUAACUGCUUACACCGCUCUAGAGUCGCGUGACUGACUGAGAAGUUGCCCGAUUAGACAACCAAAAAGAAAAGUCUUAGGAAAACUGUAUGAUCAGCAGUUACAUUUCCAAAAAGAAAAAAAAGAAACAAAAAAUUGCUGCAACAAAACAGGCUGUAUGGUCUGCUCUGUAACUGAAUUGCCUUUUUCCAAAAAUGACUGUUAACUAACAUGAUCAGGGCCAGAUGCUUCAGGGGAAGAAAAGUAGUCAUAUUUUUGGCCAAUUGUGCAAUACAGUAUGACUCGGGAAGAAACAUCUUCACAACUCCAUCUGGCGAUCAACUUACGCCCUGAAACAUAAGGACUGCGAGCUCUUAAAAUGUUUAUUUUAGGCUGGCGUAACAACAGAUGCUAGUGGUGUUAACGCAAAUGUUGACUCAAUGCAUUUUUAGCUCAGAAGUAAUGGACUCCAUAACUCCCUGUGGCAGAGAGUUCCAGUGAUUAUACAGACUUGCUUUCACUCGACAGUUCUAAGUGUUCUCAAUUUCGAAUGCCCUCUUGGGUGCAGGGACUAUUUAAUUGAACGUUGCCUACGAUAAGAAUAAGAUCCACCAGCUUUAUGGUAAACCACACUGGAAAUGGGGAAAAUACGUACUGACCCACUGUAUUAGGACUACUCAGCAGAGCACUUAAAUAUCAGUUAAACAAAACUUGUAGAGUAGGAUUUAAAAGAGCUGGUAAAUAGUCUUUUUUCUAGAUUAGUGAAGCCUGCCUUAAUCUCUUUUCAUAUGAAAUAGUCAAUGCUAAUAACAUCUAUUACUCCUCCCUGAGCUGCUACUUACGUGAUAAAAUGACAAAGGCAGUAUUCCAGGUAUGAUAAUUGCAUUUUUUUUUCCUAUUGUCAGGGUAGGGUUAGUGGGGUUUAGUGAUGCUGCACAUUGAACAGAUUAUCUUCCAAUAGGUGUCUGACAUGAUGCCUAGAUCUUUUCCUGUCCUAUCACUUUGUAUAAAUAGCUGAAGUCAUUCCUGUGUCUCCCAUUUGUCCUCUGUCAGUACACUGCCUAUCCUCCUGGCUGUGCCAGCUUACUAAGGAGCUUAGCAAAACCUGUUAGCAAGGUAACUUUGCUAAGUGCAAUCCCCAAACUCAAUACUGAAUUUUUUAAACGGCAAUGGAAACAGCUGUUGUAGUUCAUGUGCCCGCAGUGGUGGUGGUGAGGCUGUUCUCCACUUCAUCUUUAUUCUCUGUAAAGAUCUGAAGUGGUCGGAUGGAUGCCACGAGCCAGAGUAGUAAUGGUACAGUUUGUAUAUUCCUGUGACAGGUUAAGAGGUGCUGCGUUGUUCCUGGAAAGGCAGAUUCACCUGACAAAUACGUUUCUUUGAACACUUAUCUCAGACAAUGCUCCUCCUUUGGUCUCAGCAAACAAUUCUAAGGUAAAGAAGAGCUUGGAACCCCCCUGUGAUACAAAUGCAGUUUUCAUAAAUGUUCUUCAGCAUUUUCUCAAUUUGCUGCAGACAUCAUGCUAAGACAUUGUUGAGCUUGGCUUAAAGUAUUUGCUCAAACUGUUUGUAAUAGUCUUUUUAAAAGUACCCCAAACUUUGAAAUGAAUGGUUUCAUUGUCAUUUUGCCAGUUUACCGUGAUCCUUUAGGAUCUGUUUAUGACCUGGAGCAGUAUUCUCACGUGUUGGCUUAAAAACAGACAAACAAACAAAAACAACAACAACCCACUGUGGCAAAAAUUUGCGUCCUGUAUCUUUAUCACCACAAUCCUUUGGAAUACUCCCAAGAAUACUAAAAUGACUAACCACACACAAAAUGGUUAAGGUACCCUGAAUCAAAGCCACCCCUUACUUGUUCAGGAAACUAUCCCAAGCUUGGAGCUUUAUACAUUUGCUCGGAGUUUGUUGCUUUCUAAGUUAUUGCCACUAUGCUGGUCUCCUUACUCAGCCACAAACAAGUAGAACACAUCUCUCACUUGAGGAGUAUUUGCAUUCUUACGAUUUAAGGAUAUCUGUACGCAUCAUCUAUAUCUUAUCAGUCUUCAAAUAUUGAUUAGGAAAAAAGGUUACAUCCAACCUGUUUUUUUUUUCCUGUAUGCUGUCACCUGCCUGUGGGCUUUUGUAUAUUAUCAAUGGAUACCAUCAGCCAAAUGUGUGAUAUUUUACUUAUUCCACUAUAUCAGAAGAUAGGCUAGACUAGUAUCCAUACUUUUCAGUUAUAAAUUAGUAGCAAAGCAGAAUUUUCCUAGUCCAGCUAACCUUUUGAGUUUUUAAAAAAGAGAAACUUGUGGGAAGAGUCCUGGAUUUGAAUUAGUGGUCUUACUCCCAAUGAGACUGUGUUAGAAUCAGAUUUUAACAAGCCUAGUGAUUAGCCUGGAUCAAUACGAUUUUGUCUCAGUACAAGAAAGACUUAAGUUUAACGUAUCUAUUCCACAUUAGUGUGAGAGCAAGGCAAAAUUCAGAAAAGGACAUCACUGUCAGCUCAUAGAGCAGAAAAGGGAAGUUAUUCCAUAUACAUGCACCUCCUUUUCCUUUAAGCUUGUCUUCCUGGGUCACCUGAAGAAAGGCGCCUCUUCCUGUGCUUUUUUCAGUUUUAUGUAACAACAGCUCUAAAAGUACUCACUCACCAGAAGCUGUACCGCACAGGCUGACAACAGCAACGAGACUGACGAGCAGCUGGGCCUCCGAGCUGCACCUUGCCCUUCCCGCAGUUGCUGCUGCCCCAGCCUCCUUGCACCCCUCGCUGCCCAGCGGCUGCGCCACGUUGCUCACUGCAAGCCUGGAGCGCUUCACCGCUCUCAGUGCUCCUGGCGAGUCAGACACGAGACAGGAAAUACUUCACCGGGGAGGCAAAGUUCUCCCUUGGGCUCAGCCUAAAUGAGCGAAGGACCGAGAUGAGACAUCCUCUUCCUCAUCCUGGUUCUAACUCACUGAAGUAAUCUCAGGCCAACAACUUUAACUUUGUGCCUCAGCAUUUACCUCUCCUGAGAUUUCUGCAAGAGCUAUGAAUAAGGAAGUUUUGAUCUGUCUCACUUACUAGUUAGCAACAUCAAACUAUAUAGAUGUACCUCUUAGCAAAACAAGUAUUUUAUACAAUGAAGAGGGCUGGCUAUCCACACCGCAGAAGCAUUUUUGUAUAUCCCAGAUUGGUCUCCUUGCUUGUUAUCUGGUUUCUUCAUCAGGAGCUAGUUUGGACCUGUCCCUUUCUACAAUGCAUUGUGAAUACUACUAAUACUACUAAUCAUACUCUAAUUAGAGUAUGAUUAAGCUCACUGUAUUGCAAGAUGUUUUUUUUUAAAAGAAAAAAAAACAAAAAAACACCACCAUUUAAGUUGCCAAAUCAUCUUUAUACAGCUGAAUACUGAACUGAAUGGAUGGCAUAUUUUGUUUUGGAAAAGUCUGUUUAAUUCAAAGCUCUCUAGAAAGGUGUUUUAAAACAUACAUAAACAUAUCAAUGUGAUGCAUAUACCCUGUGUACAUUAAGUUAAAUAUUCAUGAAGCAACUGUGUGCUUUGUUUUAAAUUGAGUUUGAUAGAUGGCUGUGUCAAAACUUGUGUCCAGAUUAUUUAAAAGUCAAGUAAAACUUGAAUUUUUAGGGUAUUCCA